AUGUCGUCUCCGAUCUACGGGGCGAGUCCGUAUCGGCACCAGACGUCGGGCCCGGCCGAUGCGCUUUCCCCGGUCGUGCAGCCGUCGGCCCCGCCGGCCGAGAACAACGCGCCGCCCGUUAAGCGCGAGUGCAACGACUUUUUCUUCCUGAUCCCGUUCGUGGCCGUCGUGGUGGUCACCGCCGUGUUCGCCGCCAAGUACGGCGACGACUUCAUCGACGCCACGCAGGUGCAGGGCCUGUCCGAGUCCUCGGGCGUGAAGCUCAUGAUGCGCAUUGUCGGUCUGUCGGCGCUCGCGGCCGCCGGCAUGUCGGUCGUCUGGAUCGCCGUCAUGGUGCUGCUGGCCGAGGCGCUCAUCUGGGUGGCCCUGCUCACCAUCAUCGCGCUCAACAUCGCGGCCGCCAUCCUGCUCACCAAGAAGGCGUACGACAGCGGCUCCGACUGGUACUGGUGGCCGGCCGUGGUGUUCGGGCUCUUCGCGCUGCUCACGAUCCUGUACGUGGUCUGCAUCCGGAAGCGCAUCAAGUUCGCGGCGGCGCACCUGAAAGUGGCGGGCAAGGCCAUCUUCCGCCUGCCCAUGACGCUGCUGGCGGCGCUCGUGAUGGUCGGCGUGCAGAUCGGCUGGGCCGUGCUGUGGGUGCUCGGCAGUCUGGGCAUCAUGUUCCACCAGGACUACAUCAAGCUCAAGGAGGACUCGUGCACGACCGAGAGCUGCGACCUCAAGUACAAGACCGGAGCCAUCGUCGGCGUGCUGUGCGGCAUGCUGCUCAUCUACUUCUGGGUCACCUUCGUGCUGCGCAACGUCAUCGGCGUCACGACGGCGGGCACGGUCGCGGCCUGGAAAAACGCCGCCAACACGCCUUUCAUCACGAUGGGCGCGUGGCUGCGCGCGGUGACGCUCAACCUGGGCAGCAUUUGCUUGGGCUCGCUCGUCGUGGCCAUCCUGGAGACGGUUGUCUGGAUCUUGAACAUCCUGGCGUGGCUGGCCGGCCGCAGCGGCAACUGCUGUCUGUCGUGUCUGCUCUCGUGCCUGUCAUGCAUCAUCGCGUGCAUCGAGAGCUGGAUCGAGUUCUUCAACCGCUUCGCGUUCGCGUACGUGGGCUGCUACGGCUACAGCUUCGUCACGGCCAGCCGACACGUGUUCAAGCUGUUCGCGGCCAAGGGCUGGAGCGCCAUCGUGAACGACGACCUCACGGGCAACGUCUUCUGGCUGGGCAGCCUCAUCAUCGGCGCCGUCACCGCGUACAUCGGCGUGCAGAUCACCGACGACGCCGACAGCGCGCGGCUGGCCAUGUUCCCGCACCCGGACGUGUUCGUGGCCUUCUUCUGCUUCUUCGUGGGCUACGGCAUCAACAACCUCUUCAUGUCGGUCGUGGCCAGCGCCGUGACCACCAUCUUCGUGCUGUGGGCCGAGGACCCGCACGGCUGGCAACUCACGCGGCCGCAGCACUACGAGACGCUGCACAAGGCGUGGCUCAAGAUCUACCCGGAAGAGUACAACAACGGCUACGGCAAGCAGGCAGCCGGCACCGACGGCCGCGUCUGA